AUGCACAGGUGCCACUUCAUGCACAGGUGCCACUUCAUGCACAGGUGCCACUUCAUGCACAGAUGUGACUUCAUGCACAGAUGUGACUUCAUGCACAGAUGA